CGAAGCCCCUUCGAAGUCUAGGGCGUCAGCAUUUCGUCGCUCAGCAAGGGGGUGGCUCUGAACCGAAUGCUCCCCUAAAUACCGACCGGGGACUCGCACCAUUCAAGGUGCUGAUAUAUAUACGCCGUACCGAGUUGCCCGUGUUUCUUGCUUCUGACGGACGCCGAGCAACCUGCAGGGUAUCCUGAUAUUAAAGACAGGCUCUUGAAACGUCUCCAUACCCACCCAGCAUCUGCUUGCAUCUCUCACCACCAUGAGCAAUUUUCUUACAACUCUUGACCAAGUCUCGGGGAAGUCGUUCGACUAUGUCAUCGUUGGCGGUGGAACCGCCGGUCUCGUCCUCGCUGCCCGACUUUCUGAGGACCCGUCCAAGUCCGUGCUCGUGUUGGAGGCGGGGGGUGCCCAUCUUGACGAUCCUAUGACUUACCUUCCUGCUAGCUAUGGGAAGUAUUUCGGAAAUAAAGAGUACGACUGGGCUUUUAUGACGGUGCCGCAGAAGCAUGCGGAGAAUACCUCCUUUUACUGGCCCAGGGGCAAGGGCCUGGGUGGCUCAUCCGCUGCAAACUUCUAUCUGUGGACUCGGCCAGAGGUGGAAGAUAUCAAUGCAUGGGAACGAUUGGGCAACCCUGGAUGGAACUGGGAAAACUUUCUGAAGUACUCCAUCAAGUGCGAGAAGUUCAUCCCUCCUUCGGCCGAGGUGGCCCAGUCGGAACGCCUAACAUACGACGCCAAAGUGCACGGCACUGAUGGACCUAUUGUGCUUGGUUGGCCUAACUUGCGACCUGGAUGGGACGUAGCACUCCAGGACACUCUCGAGAGCCUUGGAGUGCCUCGCCUCGUAGAGCCGCAAGGAGGCGAUCGUGUGGGGUUCGGUAUGGACCUUGCGACCGUCGACCCGCGUACCAACCGACGCGUCAGUUCUGUGGCUUACCUCGAGCAAGCAGGCUCGCGUCCAAACUUGAAGAUACUCGUAAACGCCCCUGUGGCGCGGAUACUCUCCGCGCCGGGUGAGGGCUUCACGGCCAACGGUGUUCAAUUCUUGUUCGAUGGACAGACGCAUAACGCUUUGACCACCGCGAGUGGUGAGGUCAUUCUCUCUGCUGGAGCGCUCAAGUCCCCGCAGAUUCUUGAGCUCUCCGGUAUCGGUGAUUCGAAGGUCCUAGGGGCGCUUGGUAUUGAGACUAAGGUCGAUUUGCCUGCUGUCGGCACAAAUGUUCAGGACCAUCUCUUCGCCGGCGUCGCAUACGAACUGAAGGAGCCUGAGAAGUACAAUACCAUCGAUCCGCUGCUGGACCCGACCUUUGCCGAGGAGCAGCUCAAGCUCUACGCGGAAGGCAAGGGCCUUCUGACCCUUGGUAUCGUUGGCAUCGGCAUGGCCCCGUUGCAGGCGCUCUCCGACCGCUAUGCUGAGAUUGAGGGAAACGCGCCCACGGGCGGUGACUUCCCAGGCCUCGCGGAGCAACGAGUCGAACAGAUCGCUCGUUUGAAGGAGGGCGCAGCUAACGCGGAAUUCGUCACCAUUCCAGGGUUUUACAGCUUCCCCAACCCACCGGCUCCAGGGAAAAAGCAUGUCUCCCUGUGUACCACCCUGAAUCGACCAUUCUCGCGUGGUACGAUUCACGCGGCUUCGCUAGACCCUCUUGACCCACCUGCCAUCGACCCACACUACUUUGAAGAGGACAUCGAUCGUCUUACGUACAUUGAGCAAGUCAAAUUCGUUCGCAAGGUUGCGCAGACCGAACCAUUCAAGUCUAUCUUGGGACGUGAGGUGAACCCUGGACCUGAUGUGCAGUCUGACGAGGACAUAUCGCUGUGGCUCAAAAAGUACCUCACUACGGUCCACCACACCUCGUCUUCGUGCUCCAUGUUGCCGAAGGAUAAGGGUGGGGUCGUCGACCAGGAGCUCAAGGUUUACGGCACGAAGGGGCUGCGCGUGGUUGAUCUCAGCGUUGUUCCGCUCAUCCCUUCGGCGCACCCGCAGAGCAUCGUAUACGCUAUCGCUGAGCAGGCCGCGGAUAUCAUCAAAGGCACGUCGGAGGCGUGAGAUCGCUGUAUGUGUAUGUACCAGUAUGAGAACGUAUCGGCGUCGCGGAAAUGCCUUGCUGUAUUUGAGUUUCGGUGGUGUAUACGUAGAACCGUCUAGUAACAAUCGAAAGCCAGCCAUGUUCACAGAG